AUGGCUGUUGGAAGUGACCGCAUGAAAGUCUACACAGUGGACGGCAGGUGGUGUGUACGUGGUGUUGCUGCUCCUCACGGCGGCUGUGAGCCAGGUUCUGUGCGUGGCGGUGGGGGUGGAUGGAAAGGUCUUGGCGGGGGCGGUUACAGUGGCGGAGGCGGAUAUGGUGGAGGCGGAAGUGGCGGAAAAGUGAUUAUUUACAAGAUAAUCUCAUCCGGCGGUGGCGGCGGAUAUGGAGGAGGCAGCUAUGGCGGCGGAUUUAAGAGUGGAGGAAGUGGAUGGCGUGGAGGCGGCGGAUACGGAGGCGGUUUCGGUGGCGGCAGUGGGUGGAAAGGAGGUGGCGGAG